GCUUCCUUUCCUUUUCCUCCUUCAGCCAGGAUGCCUCCUUCUGCUGCGGCCGGAGGUGGUGGUCUGGGCAUGUUGCUGGCCGGCCUGGCCCUGAGUGCGGCUUCUUUCCUGUGUGGAGUCAUUUGUGCCUCUGCCCUCACCGUCACCCAGGGGGAGUUCGGGGGCCGCUGCAUCCUCUAUGGCUCGGUGCGCUACGACGGGAACAUCAGCCUCUCGGCCUCCAGCCCUCCGUCCCUCUGCCGCUUCGUCUCCGCCGUCUCCAUCCUGACCGCCGUCCUCUCCUUCGUGGUCUUGAUCCGCGGCAUCUACUGCGCCUGCUUCGGAGAGCGGGGCCCGGGCAGUGGCGUGUGGCUCAAGGGCUCCUUGGCGGUCUCGGCCGGCGUCCUUUUCUUCCUGAUGGUCUCCGCUUGCAUCCUUCGGGUCGGGAUGGACACUCUGUGCGCUUCCAUCCAGAGAUCCGCUGCAGCCUUAAGCUGCCAAGAAGCCCAGCACCAAAAGUGGGCCCCUCCAAUCCGCGCUGAUAGGUUUUAUGACAACCUCUACACGGCGGAGUCGGCCGCUUGGGUGAACUUCUUCUUCUGGUGCCUGAUGAUCGCAAUGCUCUCCGUGUCGUACUUCAACAGAAGCCAGAAUCAGACGCCCCGAGUCGGCGGUCAGCCGUGGUCCGAAGAGGCGGCGCCCAUCAUUGGGACCGGCGGGUCGCUCAGACCUUGAGAGCCAUUUGUCUCUAUCAAUCCUUUCAUUCUAAGAAUAGGACAAUAUGGCCGCCUUUGCGUCAAGAGGAGCAUCCCUUAAUGUUUUGUGGCUCCGACGGAUUCUGCAAAGGAUGCUUGGAAUCCGAAAACGAUCGCAACUCUUGGCCGGCGUCCUCUCCUUAAUACUUUGCGAGACGUUACCGUGUGUGGUCGAACCUGUUCCCAGAGACUUUAUUAUUUAGUUAGUUCAGCUUUUAAUUGUAUAGUUUAUGGGAGGGAACCUCUUUCUCUUUAAGAGCCUCAUAGCCAGAUCCAGCAGAUUCCUUGAAGUCGGCCAUUUUGAAAGAGGAGCAAGGAAGCCGAACACAGCGCUCGUUGGGAAGUUGGUACUACAAGUUGAAGAAACCCUGCUAUAGGUGUAUGGAAGGAAGCAAGUCUUCAACUUUUCCUACGAACCAACCGUCUAAAUAUCGUAAUGAAUGCAGGAGGACGCACU